ACUGCUCCUUCUCCACCCCUCUGCAACAAUCCCGUAUUAGUUAAGGUUAAAGGGACUGAAGAUUUAUGUUCUCUCUUCCUGGAGGCAGACGGUAACAAAGGUUUAAGAGAGACUCAAAUAAUGGACCCUCCUGAUACGUUGAAGAAAAAGGUAGCCAUUAUCGGAGGAGGUUUGGUGGGUGCUUUAAAUGGUUGUUUCUUUGCAAGAAAGGGGUUCCCUGUGGAAAUUUAUGAAGCCAGGCAAGAUAUUCGUGUUUCCAGUCUGGCUCGUGGCAGGAGCAUUAAUUUGGCUUUGUCUCACAGGGGAAGGCAAGCCCUCAAGGCUGUUGGAAUGGAAGAUCAGAUAGUGCGUAAAGGCAUUCCAAUGAGAGCAAGGAGGAUUCACACACUUUCGGGAAAACAGUAUUCAAUCCCUUACGGAACAAAGAGCCAGUACAUUCUCUCUGUCGAUAGAGCAGAUUUAAACAAGGAACUGCUAACCGCUGCGGAGAAAUUCCCCAAUGCUAAAUUGUACUUUGAACACAAACUGCUGCGCUGCGAUUUAGAGUCGAGGACGUUGACCUUUGCAGGGUCAGACCUACAAUCAAAAAAGGUCACUUGUGACCUAAUUGUAGGUUGUGAUGGAGCAUUUUCCACAGUUAGGAAGCAGUUCAUGAGGCAGGCACGUUUCAAUUACAGCCAAGAGUACAUUCCUCAUGGAUACAUGGAAUUGACAAUUCCCCCAAAGAACGGAGAAUUUGCAAUGAAACCGAAUUUUCUUCACAUCUGGCCCAGGAACACAUUCAUGAUGAUUGCAUUGCCCAACUUGGAUAAGUCAUUCACAUGCACUCUCUUCAUGCCUUUUGAAGAUUUUGAAAAGCUCACAAUGGGAGGCCAAGUGCUGGAUUUCUUCAAAAUGUUCUUUCCAGAUUCCAUUCCCCUAAUAGGAAAGGAAGCAUUGAUGCGCGAUUAUUUUUUGCUUCCCGCCCAAGCCAUGGUAUCUGUGAAGUGUUCGACGUACCACACAGACUCUUGCUGUGUGCUGAUGGGGGAUGCUGCACAUGCGGUUGUCCCUUUCUACGGACAAGGCAUGAAUGCUGGAUUUGAAGACUGUCUAGUUUUUGAUGAGUUAAUGGACCAGUUUCAAAAUAAUCUCAGUAUCUGCCUCCCUGAGUUCUCCAGGCUGAGAGUUCCAGAUGACCAUGCCAUUUCUGAUUUAGCCAUGUACAAUUACAUAGAGAUGCGUUCCCACGUUAAUUCAAAGUGGUUCAUAUUCCGGAAGUAUGUGGACAACUUCCUUCACGCCGUCCUGCCCUCCACCUUUAUCCCUCUCUACACAAUGGUCACAUUCUCCAGAAUCCGCUACCAUGAAGCUGUGCAAAGGUGGAAAUGGCAGAAUAAGUUAAUCAACGGGGGGCUCUUCCUAAUUGCGACAGGAACAACCCUAAGUGGCAUAUACCUGCUCAGGAACCACCUAAAGCCUAAAUGGCAGUUCUGUGUGGAAGAUCUCUGGAGAUGGACUCUCGGCCUUACAAAAUUUGGAACAAUAUAGCUGUUUACACAAGAGUAUCAAAACCUGGAGAGACAGUAUGGAUGCUUGGAGCCUCAAUGAAACCCCUCCAUGGCAAGUCAGAUCCGCCAACAACCAAACAACCUAACCAUUUGUAGAAGAUACGAGUUUAUGCCUAGGGCGAAAGCAAGAGAAAUUAUUGGUUCCAUUUAAAGCCAGCAGUCGUGAAAAAGGCAAUGAAACAUGGGACACCGGCCAGUGUGGACGGGCCUUCUGUGAAUAUAACUGAACAUAAAAAUUUCCUUAUUAUUUGAAUCUUAUUAGGAUCUUUUUGUGAACUUUGUGUUAGGAAUGUUUUUCUUGUGAGGAAACCUUAUGUUGUAAGCAAUAAUCCCUUUGAGUUAUGGAGUCUUGUGAGCAAAAACUUUACUUCGUGAGCUACUGGCAUUAGUCGUGAGCUACUGCAUAAA